UCGUGCGUUUUUAUUGUGUGUUAAUUUCUUGGAUGGCUCGGCGAACAGUCAUCAGUUUCAAUGCAUAUUUUCUUCAAAUUCAGCCCGAAACUGGACGCAAAGGAUUAUUAUAGGAGAUGAUAGGACAAUUGUGAACUUAAGGACCUUGGGAGAUGUCGGGGAACAGCAACGGGGUGGUGCGGUCUGGAUCGCUAGGCGGUGAUUUUUACGACUUUGCAUGCAAGGUGAUGUUGAUAGGUGACUCUGGAGUCGGCAAGACGUGUUUACUGGUGCGGUUCAAAGAUGGUGCCUUCCUGUCAGGGAGCUUCAUAUCAACAGUGGGAAUUGAUUUUAGGAAUAAGGUUGUGGACAUUGAUGGAUCUAAAGUGAAGUUACAGAUCUGGGACACAGCUGGCCAGGAGAGGUUCCGCAGUGUCACGCAUGCAUACUACAGAGACGCACAUGCGCUACUCCUACUAUUUGACGUGACGAACAGGCAAUCCUUUGAUAAUAUUAGAGCGUGGGUGUCUGAGAUUCACGAGUAUGCUAAUGAUGAUGUUGUGGUGAUGUUGCUUGGCAACAAGUCGGACAUGACAUCAGAGAGACUCAUCAAAAGGGAAGAGGCAGAGAAAUUAGCAAAGGACAAUGGUAUUCCUUACAUGGAGACGAGUGCAAAGACAGGGCUUAACGUGGACCUUGCAUUUAUGGCUGUUGCUAAAGAUUUGAAGAUGAAGAAGACGAGACGUCCCAACGAGCCCCGAUUCAACGUUAGAGACUUUGUGGAUCAGCAGAAGCAGACGCCAUCUGGUUGUUGCUUCUAAUAAAGCAUCAUGCCGCCCGCUCAUGACUCCACCCCCUCUUUCCGUACUGCCUCCAAGCUGACUUGGAGUGAACUCAUGUGCAGUAAUUUAAUAAUGGCUGAGCCACUCCAGAGAAAGCAUCAAAGAUUGAUGGUCGGUUUGAGGACGUCUUCUAGAGUGGGGAUGCAGGAGGAGCAUUGAGAAGGGAAAAAUCCCUAAGAAAGAAAAAUAGCGACACCUGUUGACAAAACAUUGAUUGAUUACUCGGGAGAAGAACUGACUAGCUUGGUAGCUUGAAGCCACCUCUCCAUAUUAUGUGAAUAAAGCUCUCCGAAGGCGUGCCAGUAUAAAGCUUCUAGUAGAAUUGUUGGAUCAACGAUAUCGUUGUUAUUGGAUUGACCAGAGUAUCUUAGGAGUUGGAAUUUUUAAAGUCAACAGCUCCAUACACAAAGUUACAUACAGUAGGAAUACAUCAGUCCAUUUGAUAAACUCAUCUUUGUACAUUUCAUUUUGUACAUAGCCAGAUUGUAUUAUUCAAAUUUGUUUCAGAAGUCUGUCAACUCUUUGACUCCCCUUUUUGUUGGUGUCAGGUCUAGAUUGAAUCACAGCGUCUGUGGCUCAAGUAAUAUAUCAGUGAAACCAUUUGCCUAUAAUGAAGAGUUGUAAAACAAAAUCGGCUCCAACUUCAUAUUUAAGGCCAGGUCCAAAUUGGCGGCUACAGAUGUGGCUGGAUUUCCUUGAUGUGCAUUUAAGUAAAGGACACCCUUAGCAACAGUAUGGGUAGCUGUAGUCGCCACAUGAUCUGGCCUCAUUCAGCAAGUAAGGGCCACUUAAUAAGUGAUUAUUUAGAUCAGGUGUUUUGGGGUCAAAAUCGCAGGGGAUAUGUUGGUUCUGUGGUAAGAAUUUUGAUGAUGAGUAUUCAGUAUAGUGUUAAGCAAAAUGCUACACAAAGCAUAUCAGUUGCUACACCAAAAUCAGCAGUUGCUACUUAAUGUUAGCAUUCAUUGUACACCAAACAUGCUCAGUCUAAAUAUUUUGUGCUGCAGAAUUGAAGGAUGCAUCCUGUGUCGGUCAAAAGUAACUUUGAGAGUUACUUGUCAUUACACUGCACAGGAGUAAGGAUGUGUCAUGAGCUUAGAUGAGUUUUGAGAUAUCAAUUGCUGAUUUGUCACAUCCUGAACAUUAAAUAAUAAUAAUAGUGGCCUCUUAUAGAGCGCUCAGGUCCGUCAUGCAAAACGCUCAUGGCGCUAUACAAGCAAAAUUUAUACAAAUACAAAAGAAAGUACAAACACGUCUUCUUUUGAAAAACAAAACAACUUCACUAGCACAUGUUACUGAAGAUGGAACCCUUAAGAUCCUUUACACUGUUUGGGAAACAUGUAGAGCUUGACGGUCAAAAUUUCAACAUCUGGAAAUCGACGGCGUGUCUCCUUUGCACACAAGAGCGAUCUUUAAAUGAAAACAAAAUGGAAGUCUGGCAUAGUUGUAUAUGAGCUUUGUAAAGUAGACUUCCUUGGGAUGUAGCUGGCUUUUUUUAAAGGCAUUAUACAGGAUUGGUAGAGCUGACAAAAUCACAAUGAUAGAGAUAGCAUUGUUAAUAGUCUGCUAGAUAAAACAAGGAAGGUAGUGGUAGCACUUAAAGACUAACUUAUUACAUAAAAAAAACUGUGUGAGCUUUCGUUGCAACAGCUAGUUCAUCAGAUGCAAUAAGGGGUGACAAGCCAAGUACAAGCAGAAAUAGUCGCAAACAGUGUUUAUGUUUUAUGUGAUCGACAAUGUACUUAAAAUGACAAACCUGUGAAAAAUUUGUUGUGAGUCGGGAGA